CACAUUUCCUUUUCCAGGGCAAUAAGUUAAAAGAGUAUUUACCUCCCUUGGUUAGAAAGGGAGGAAAUACUUCUUCCUCCACUCAGGGCAGCUGCGACCAGUUCUCUCAGAGAAAUCAUUAAACCUCAAGGAUUCGGAGCCCAGAGCCCCAGGACUAGGCUGCAAGCUGCCCUGCCCCCGAAGCAGGAACAGGCACGUUUGGAGAGUGUCAUUUGAAAAGCCAGAUAAAAGCGGCAUGAGGAGGCUGGAAAAAGAGUGUACGACUUAGCGGUUCAGAAAACCACCCUCCAUUUCAUUCUGGAGCCCGGAGGUUACACCCAGGCAUCACAAAAGCUUCUUUCCUCACAACAUUAACUGGAAAAUAAUGUCAGGAAAUGGUUCCAAGGCAAGGUGGCAUUUGAGUUGAAUAUUGAAGAACAAAAGGAAGUUGGCUGGGCCUGGGAGGAAGCUAUUGAAUUGCUUUUGUUUUUAAAUUAUGCCCUGCCAGACUCCUCAAAAGAUUUUAGAAUCAGAACAUCCUUGGGUGCAAAAGAGUGGAUCAGAAUCUUCAGGGCUUACCUGACAUUCCAAGUGGAUGAGCCUCGAAAGCAGUUGGAGCUCUCUGUCUACAGUUUAAGAAAUCAGGGAUACAAAUCCAGAUUUGGAACUCAUCACUGUGUAAAAUUUCCUCAUUCUCCACCCUACCAAGGUCAUGGAAGAUUUAGAGGAACCAUUAUUUGAAGAAUUUGAUAAUUAUUCCUAUGCCUUGGAAUAUUACUCUCCAGAGUCUGGUAUGGAGGAAAAAGUCCACCUGGGAAUUGUUCACUGGGUCUCCCUGGUGUUAUGUGGUUUAGCAUUUGUCCUGGGAAUUCCAGGAAAUGCCACUGUCAUUUGGUUCACAGGAUUCAAAUGGAAGAAGACAGUCACUACUCUCUGGUUUCUUAAUCUAGCUAUUGCGGAUUUCAUUUUUGUUCUCUUCCUGCCCCUGUACAUCUCCUAUGUGGCCAUGAAUUUCCACUGGCCCUUUGGCAUCUGGUUGUGCAAGGCUAAUUCCUUUAUUGCCCAGUUGAACAUGUUUUCCAGUGUGUUUUUCCUAACAGUGAUCAGCCUGGACCGCUAUAUCCACCUGAUUCAUCCAGUUUUGUCUCAUCGGCACCGAACACUGAAGAACUCUCUGAUUGUUAUUAUAUUGGUCUGGCUUUUGGCUUCUCUAAUUGGCGGUCCUGCACUGUACUUCCGGGAUACUCUGGAGCUCAAUAACCACACUCUUUGCUAUAACAAUUUCCAUGAGCAUGAUCCUGACCUCACCCUGAUGAGGCACCACAUUCUGACUUGGGUGAAAUUUAUUGUUGGCUACCUCUUCCCUUUGCUAACAAUGAGUAUUUGUUACUUGUGUCUCAUCUUCAAGGUCAAGAAGCGAAGCAUCCUCAGCUCCAGUAAGCAUUUCUGGACAAUCCUGGCUGUGAUCAUGGCCUUUUUGAUUUGCUGGACUCCCUAUCACCUGUUCAGUAUUUGGGAGCUCACUAUUCACCACAAUAGCUAUUUCCACCAGGUGUUGCAGGCUGGAAUCCCCCUCUCCACUGGUUUGGCAUUCCUCAAUAGUUGCUUGAAUCCCAUCCUUUAUGUCCUAAUUAGUAAAAAGUUCCAAGCUCGCUUCAGGGCCUCAGUUGCUGAGAUACUGAAGUACACGCUAUGGGAAGUCAGCUGUUCUGGCACAGUGAGUGAGCAGCUCAGGAACUCUGAAACCAAGAAUCUGUCUCUCCUGGAAACAGCUCAAUAAGUUUACUUUUCCACAAAUCAGUACCAGGUUUUUGUGUUGGUCCCCUGACAAAUGCUUCCAGUUUAAAUUUGGUUCCAAGAUUUAGCACUGACCAUGUUUUGUUCAUUUUGUUGACAUCAUAUUUUUUGUGUGGAUAUAAAACUUAGAAAGGA